GCUUGAUUCUGUCACUUCUGGAUUCUGGUGACAUCACAUCCGGCCAUAGCGAGAGCGAGGCUUGUUUUCGGUAAACAUUACAGUUCUGUCCCCUGUCAGCUUCUGCACACUGCCUUGCAUGGCUGUGCAUAGCACAGUCAAUGAAGCACUAACACAGGACACAAUGUAAAAUGGCACACAGCACACAGUUAACCUUUUGAUCGCCCCACAUGUUAACCCCUUCCUGCCCAGUGCCAUUAGUACAGUGUCAGUGCUUUUUAUUAGCACUGAUCACUGUAUUGGUGUCACUGGGGAUGUUAUUGACACCAAGUCGGUUCCCCCCAGUGUCAGAAUGCCCACCGCAGUCCCACUAUAAGUCGCUG